AUGCCCGUUUUAUCGGUGCUGACGGUGGCCACAGACCUGCGAGCAUGGCUCCCAGCCUCCAUGCUAGCCUCUACGAUGGUCCCAUACGCAACUGGCGCUCUGUUUUGCGCGGGACUUUCGAUGUUUAUCCCGCAAAAGUGGUACCUAUGGCUGGACAAUCGAAUGUACGAACUUUUUAUGAGCUCCUGUCUCUUCGUUUUUGAGACCUGUAAUGCCACAAAGGUAUGUUUGAUCAGUAGAGAAAUGAAUUUCGCUCCAGUUGCAUCUCUAUGGAACCCCAGAGGCCUUUAAAGGCCCCGCAGACUCGGCCAUUUUGAUUGCGAAUCAUCAAACUGGCACAGACUGGGUCAUGAUCAACAUGCUGGCCACGAGACAUGCUCAACAGUACUCUUUCCGCUUCAUGACCAAACAUGUGAUCCAAUACGUACCGCUUUAUGGAUGGUACACUCUUCAGGUGGGUUAUAUUACACAUGACAGUUUUGAUGGAAAAUUGGGUAAAAAUUGUUGUGAAUAGAUUGAUAAUGGGUUAAUUAGAGUGUUUAGAGGUAUUGGAGUUUCUCUGUUGCGCUGAAUUUUGAAAAAAAACGAAAAUUUUAUAUUACACAUGAUAAUUUUGAUGGGAAAUUGGGAAAUUUUUUUGUUAAUAGAUUGAUUAUGGGUUAAUUAGAGUGUUUAGAGGUGUUUGAGUUUGUGGAUUGCGCUGGAUUUUGAGAAAAAAUGAAAAAUUAUGUUACACAUGGCAGUUUUGAUUUAAAAUUGGGGAAAAAUUGUUGUGAAUAGAUUGAUUAUGACUUGAUUAGUGUUUAGAGGUGUUUGAGUUUGUGGAUUGCGCUGGAUUUUGAGAAAAAAGGAAAAUUUUAUAUUACACAUGACUUUUUUUGUCAAAAAUUGGAGUGUAAUUGACAUUAAAAGGUUGGCAAUAGACUAGUUAGUGUAGAUAGAGUGUCAGGAGUUCUUGUAUUCCUUUGGAUUUUAAGAAAUAGAAUAAAAUUUAUAUUACACAUGACACUUUCUGUCGAAAAUUGGAUAAAAAUGCUUUCCAAGCGUAGUAAAUUGUUGAUUAAGUGACGAAUUAGGUCAUGAGAGCGAUUGAGGAUCCGUAUUUUACCCAGAAAAAACGAAAAAUUAUAUUACCCAUGACAAUUUAUGGUAGCAUAAGUUCAAAAUUUUCAGCGAGGCUUUGUUUACGUCCGCCGUUUCGGAGAUUUUGCCCCCACCGCCCCGCAAAACCAACUCCGAUACCUCAAAAACCUCCCCGAACCCUACUGGCUCCACAUUUUCCCGGAGGGCACCAGAUUCAACCGACACCGCACCAAGGAAAUCCAGGCCGCCAACUCGUAUUGCCGAAAGCGUGAGCUCCCAAAGUUGAGGCAUUGCCUCGUACCGAAGAUUGGCGGCUUCAAACUGGCGGUGGAGGAGCUGCGGCCAACUUUAAAUUAUAUUUAUGAUAUCACGAUCGCCUAUGGAGUUACAUUGGACGAGAAUAGACAGGAUGACGCUCCAAAUAUGUAUGAGUUUGUGACUGGGAGAAGCGAGAGACAUAAUGAAGUACACAUGCAUGUGAAAAGGAUCGGAAUUGAAGAGGUCCCAACGGAAGGAAAUGAGCUCAAACUCUGGUUGCAUCAACGAUUUUUAGAGAAAGAUAGGUAUGCAGAGAAAGAGGAGGUCAUAAGCAAUGAGAUGAGGGCUAUAUCAGAGAUUUCUGAGGGGUUUAGAGAAAGUUAUGAGUAAUUUUUGACCGGACAUACCUAAAAUAAGGUGAUUUUGAGAAAAAAGUUGUUAUAUCUGCUGUUUGAAUGGGUUUUAGAGGAAAAUAGUGUAAUGAGGAGAGAAGAGGUCUUGAGGAAUGUUUUUAGUGUAAUAGUCAGACAUUUGGAGGGAGUUAUGUCAGUUUUUUAGGGGAGAAACACCUAGAGUAAGGUGAUUUUUGAAAAAAGUUAAAAGUUUGAGGAAAAGUUGGAAUUUUUGGUGAUAAAAUGAGAGAAAAUACCUUGACAAGAAUUUGUCAUAAUCUCGAGAACGUAAAAUACGAAUAUUUUCCAGUGAAAAGCCGAGAUUUUUAGUAAAAACAGCGAAAAAGCGAACGCCCGUCUUUUUAUCAAGAGAGCCGAAAAAAAUUGGGAGAAAAGAAAAGAGAAGGAGUCGUGUUCCGUUGUGGUCUAGUGGUUAGGAUUUGUGGCUCUCACCCACAAGGCCCGGGUUCGAUUCCCGGCAACGGAAGAAAACUUUUUCGUGCGGUUUUUCAAUUUUUUAAUCAGGAAUUGAAAUAUUUUUGUGUAAAUUAUUAUGUUCACUACUUGAAUGUGGUGUUUAGAUGAUUUUUUAGAGAGUUUUAAGCGAUUUUUUGAGAGAAAAUGAAAAGUUUUUUGCGGAAAAAGAUCAGAAAUUGAUGAAAAUUGAAAAUAAAGCCAUAUUUCAGACUGUUGGAUGAGUUCUACGCAACGGGGGCGUUCCCAGAGCCAGUUGAGACCCCAUCGAAAUUGACUCCACUAACCAAAACCGCGACUUCUUUCGUAAUUUUGAACGCGGCCGUCUGGUCGGCCGCGUUCUUCCCAAAAAUACGAAACGUAUAUCUUGGUGUAAUUUGCAUCUCACCGCUGUUGAUCGUAUGGAACAAGCUCCGAGGAUCAGCAGCCUAA